AUGGAAAAAAGGAAAAAAGGGACGAAGCUAUUUUACUGUGCCCUAGGGGCACUGAUGCCCGUCUACUGGUUCCACCACCGCAGGGAAAAGAAAAAUCAAAGAAACAACAACCAAAUUAUUGACGAUGUCGAGAUCUUGAGGAACCUAAAAAUGAAGAACCCAUUCUGUCACAUACCAUUAAUCAUCCUGACCGUCUACGAUGGUUAUAUUUACGAAAAUAAAAUUCUGCGAAAAAUUUACUACAGAUUUAGAGAAAGUCCAGCGAAGAAAGUUUCUGUUCCGUCUUCAUCUCUCCUUCACAAUUCCCACCAUGGAGGAAAUACCACCAAAACGGAAGGAACACAUGGACCUAAUUACCACUUUAUCAUGUACACUGAAAAAAACAUAUUUAACAAAAUGUAUUUUUAUGAAAUUAUACUGGACAAAAGUGUAAGGUAUGCUGUGAUUUCACCACAUCUAAGUUUCUACAUUCUGAGGCAACUAUCGCAACAUGUUGUUAAUUUGAACACGAGGUUGUAUAAUGAGAAGGAUUUCACGAUGCACAGGGAGAAGAGGAGAGGUACUCAUACUCACAGCCACAGUGAUGGUCACUGGGUUGCCAACUGGGUGAUGCGUUUAACGUGCGGUGCAGUUUGGCCCGACGAGCUCAGGAACUCCCACCACAGCGACAAUGAUACGGGCAGCGACAAUGAUAUCGGCGGCGACAAUGAUGGUGAAGACGAUCAUGGCGGUGACGAUCAUCAUGGUGGUGACAGGGAAGCCGGAAAAGAGACACCCCCCCAGCGGAAGAAGAACCUUCGCGAAAGGGCAAGAGGAAACCUGUACGAAAAAUACGGGAUUCACAAAUAUGAAGAAACAUUCAGCCAAGGAGAAGGAUGUGAUGGUACGAGUCGACCCCCACAGCAUGACCAAGUAAGCAUCAACCUUUUGUAUUUGUUGAAUAAAGCAUACGAUAGUGUAAGUAGAAUUUGUAUUGACACGGAGACAAACCUUCUUGUAAAUCUCUACAUGGUCAACAUUCUAAAGUUCAUUUGUUACAAGAAUUAUCGAAAUGUCCUGAUGAACAUUUCAUUGUUUGAGGAACUGGACAGAGAGAAUAGGAAGGGGAGGAAUCUCGUGGAUUACUUUUGCGCCUUGUUCACGGGGGGUAACAUGGCUGAGGAGGGAUACUUCGCGCGGGACGAUGCGGAUAGGCACUUGUUUUUCAGGAAAGAAGAAAGGGGAGGUGAAGAGGAUCACUCCAUGUUAGUUCAUCCAGCGGCCAAGCAAUCGGUCAGGCGAUUGGUCAUCCAGACGGCUAGUCCAACGGGAAGGAGUGCCUGUACCUUGUCUGACAUACCACCCUCCAAGGGUAUCCAAAAAAGGAAUGAUAAGAAGGAUGCUGUGGAGAAAAAUACAGACGACAACAGAAACCAUCACAUAGUCAACCAAGAAAAAGUUUAUCACAUAGAAGAAACGGAUACAUCACAAACUGUAUCCAUUUCUUACAACCAUGACGGAAUCCCCCCACAAGAGGAAGAGAGAAAAAAGAUGAAUCCACAUAAUUACGAACCAUAUGAUUGUGGAUUGAACGGAAAAAUGAAAAUAAUAAAUGAUCUAUACCUCGUACUGUACCUACGUCUUGUCCUUGAAUGUUGCAGCAAAAUUGUCAGUAUUAAAAAAAACUUAUUAAUGUUGGAGGAGAAGGUGAAGUUUGAGAAAGGGAAUAGAGUUUUUUACCUGAACACAUCAGAUGCGAUGGAGAAUUUAAAGGUGCACUACCUGAAGCGGUUUCGGCGUGGAGAGGAGAAACGGGGAUUCCACGUUUUCUUCCGCCCAUAUGGCAACACCAGGGGGAAUGGCCAACCGGGUAUGUGGAAGAAUAUUCAGCCAACAACACCGCUAAAAAAGAAACUACCCAGAUGGCAUAGCACAGAAGUUCAACCCAAUAAUGAGGAGCAGUCUAAUAUAGGAGCAUGGAAAAGAAAACUAAGGAGACACUCCAAAAGGGUAAAAAGUUACAUGAACAAAAAAAUAUUUAAAUUUAAAAAAAUGAUUAACUACUAUGUUAUAAAUUUGGAUGAAGCUAUAAAGAAUAAAUAUUACAAAAGAAUUCACGAAAAAAAUGUGAAACGGAUAAAUGAAUAUUUGAAGGAAAACACACAGAAGGAAAUGAACAUGGGACGAUUCCAUGACAUGUACUCCAACAUAAUUGCUAACUUGAAUGGCAUCCUCUCCUUUGCUUAUGCAGUUGACACGAAAAAUCAGGCCCAUCGCAUUUUGGCUCUUUACAACACAUGUGUCUUUUACCAGUAUAACUACCUCAAUGAGCAUGAUAAUCUGUUUUUUAAAAACGGAGUUAGUAGGUACUUGCGUCGUUUGGGUGAGUGGUCCUCAUCGGAAGAAAGACGAGAAGAUGACUCAGGGAAAGAGCCCUCCCCAUCCUUCUACUACAAAAACGAUAUCCACCUACUUCUCCUUCUAUAUACACAACGAAUAAGGAACUGUCUAAAUAUAUUCACCUAUAUAUAUAAUAAGAAUUACUUUAGUAAAUACUGCUCCUUGUGUUGUGUAUUCCAUAAGUUGAAUUUCAUCAUUUGUUCAAAGAGGAGUUCAUCUCAUUGGGUCAUGAACCUUGCUUACCUCGCUUAUCACAAUUGGUUUCCUUUCUUCUCCUUCCUUUAUUUUUUUUGUGUCUAUUCGUACGUUGCUUUUUUUCUUAUGUACCAGUCUAACACCUUUUCUUCCGUGCGCUACUUUGGGAUCUUCUCCGACCCUGGAUUGUCUCUCUACUUCGUCAAAUUGUAUACCAAUGCGCGAUCACUCUCCGGGGGGUGA